AUGCCACCAAAGGGAGUUGCAAGCAAAGCCCCAGCUGCCACUAAGGCACCUGCAUCCGCAUCAAAGGCUCCAGCUAAGUCAGAUGCUGGAAAGAAAACCACCGCCGGCGAGGGAAAGCCACGCAAGAAGAAGGGACGCAAGGAGACUUACUCUUCAUACAUCUACAAGGUUCUCAAGCAAGUCCACCCAGAUACUGGUAUUUCCAACCGCGCCAUGUCUAUCUUGAACUCCUUCGUCAACGAUAUCUUCGAGCGCGUCGCUACCGAGGCCUCCAAGCUCGCAGCUUACAAUAAGAAGAGCACCAUCUCAUCAAGAGAGAUCCAAACCUCCGUUCGUCUCAUUCUUCCCGGUGAACUUGCAAAGCACGCCGUUUCUGAGGGUACCAAGGCUGUCACCAAGUACUCUUCAUCCACGAAAUAA